UCCAUCCAUAAUUUUGCUCCCACAAGUCCGUUAUAUCUCCAUAGUGCCGUGGAUCCUCUUAGGCCCAUGACAUGACAGACUUUUGCAGGCUAGACUUGAGCCCAUAAAGAACCUCAUUCAUUCAUUCAUCGCUGUUUCGUUGGUGUAUGUGCAUCUUUGACGUUAUUGAAACUUUCAAUGGAGUAAAUGCUAUGAAGCACAGUAAUAUUCCUAUAUUUAUAAAUGAGUUGAUUUGUUAUUAUCACAGUUCAUUCAGGUGAUUUAGAUUGUUGCCCAAUAUUUUUUUACUGAAUCUAAAAACAGAUAUCAUAAGACUUCUUUCAUUGAAGGAUACUCCAAAAAUUGGUUUGGUUUGUUUAUUUAGUUUGUUCUAUUCAAUUUAAAUUUAAAUCAAUUUUAAAUUAGUUCAGUUUUGUUUGAUAUAUUGGUUUAACCGAAUUUCCGAUUCAGUUUAAAAAAAUAUGAGAUUGGUACCGAUCACCCGGUCGUAAACACCCCUAAAUUCUUUAUUUGGAAAAUAUUUUAUGCACUCCAAUGCAGAGAAGUAAAUGAUUUUUAGAGUAAAUGGGGUUUAUUAUAUAUCACUCUAAGGGACCUUUUCUUUCUUUGUUUUUUUAUAACAUAUGUUGUGAAGGCUAUGCCGAGUGUUUAAUAUUUGGUGGUUAUUUCUUGAAGAAUAUAACGUAUUGUCAAUUAAUGUUGAAGUUGUAAUUGUCCCUUUUCUCUCAGGUAGACUUGGUAAACUAUAAAUGAGAAUUUUUCGGAAAGCGACUCAUCUAACUUCAGAUAUCUUCACUUGAGAUUUUCAUGGAUGAGAAUGCAAGCUUCUCAUACACAACCAGUUAAAAAAAAUAUAUGUAUAAGACAUAUAUAUGUGUAUAUUGAAAGUGAUAUUGAUGGUUCCUCUGACAAGAUGAAUUCAUGGCAGAGCCGAUAGAAUCCAAGCAAAAUUCAAGGGAAAGAAGCAUGCCAUUGUAUAAAUUAAUCUUCUGGUGAAUAUCACACUAAGGAAGGAAAGCUAGCUAGACAACCAAUCCAUUCCAAAAAUGAAAGAGCCAAGUUUUGAUCCAAUGGAGACACAAGGAAAGUUCAGUAAUGAUCGACAUGGUUUCAACCCAAGUGCCCCUCCUUCAUUCAAAAUAAACGACAUCCGAGCUGCCAUUCCUCAGCAUUGUUGGGUGAAGAACACAUGGAGAUCUCUCAGCUACGUUGCAAGGGACGUUUUUGUUAUUUUUACGCUGAUAGCAGCCUCAACCCUCUUAAACAAUUGGUUUUUCUGGCCACUUUACUGGCUUGCUCAGGGUACUAUGUUCUGGGCGAUAUUCGUUCUUGGCCACGAUUGUGGGCAUGGAAGUUUCUCGGAUAAUUCCAAUCUCAACAGCUUGGUGGGUCAUGUCCUGCAUUCUUCAAUCCUUGUGCCUUACCACGGAUGGAGAAUUAGUCAUCGCACUCAUCAUCAGAAUCAUGGAAACAUUGAAAAAGAUGAGUCUUGGGUUCCGUUGACUGAAAAGAUUUUCAAGGAACUGUCUGCCAGAACUCGAUUUCUGAGAUUUACAGUGCCUUUCCCAAUGUUGGCUUACCCUCUUUACUUGUGGUUCAGAAGUCCAGGAAAGGAAGGAUCUCAUUUCAACCCCAAUAGCAGCUUGUUCAAAGAAGAUGAGAGGAGUUUAGUGGUGACUUCAACUCUCUGUUGGACUCUUAUGGUUGUUUUGCUAGCCUACUUAUCCUUCGUAGUAGGUCCUAUCCAAAUGCUUAAGAUUUAUGGUGUUCCUUACUUGAUUUUCGUAAUGUGGGUAGAUUUUGUAACAUACUUGCAUCACCAUGGUCAUGAUGAGCACAAACUUCCUUGGUACCGUGGAAAGGAAUGGAGUUAUUUAAGGGGAGGGCUUACAACUUUGGAUAGAGAUUAUGGAAUGUUUAAUAAUAUCCACCAUGACAUUGGCACUCAUGUUGUUCAUCAUCUCUUCCCUCAAAUCCCACACUAUCACUUGGUAGAAGCGACAAAGGCAGCAAAGCCAAUUCUGGGAAAGUACUAUCGGGAGCCGCAGAAAUCUGGACCCAUUCCUUUCCACUUGAUGAAGAGUUUAGUGAGAAGCCUGAGCCAAGAUCACUUUGUAAGUGACUUUGGGGAAAUUGUGUAUUACGAAACAGAGCCUAGUCUUUAUAAAAAAUCCGCAACCAAGUUGGACUGAUACUUUCAGAGCUUAAUCUAGCUAAAUAACUAGGGAUGCAUAACCCACCAGUUGGCUCAAUAAUCUGGGUUUUCAGGUUUAUUUUGUUGGUAUAUUCUUUUUCAAAGACCCAUUCAAUACAAUCAAUCUAUUAAAGAAAUAAAAUAUGUUUUCCUGCC